AUGAACAAGCAGCGACAGGCAUCCGCUGCUGCUUCCUCGUCGGACGUUGAGAUCAUUGAUGACACGCAGCUCACACCAAAACCCACCUUGGGCAAACGCCGCCAUCUCACUACCCCACCACUAUUCCCCACUCAACUACUAUCCGACUCAGACAAUGAUUUCGAUGCUCGUCUCACUAGCUCAAUGUCGCCAAUGCCACCGCUCAUCAUGUCAUCAUCAUCCUCAUCCGUCGAGUCAAUGCUGCGCAUCAUUCCUGCGCCAGCUCUCCGCGUCAUUCCUGUUCAUAUUCCGAUCUACGACCUGGCCAAGCCACGACAGAGGUGGCCACAUGGAAUGUACAUGGUUGAUAUGGCCGUUGGCUUUCAGCAGAUGGCCAUCCAAAAGCUUCACGGCUUCUAUGGCCAGGAGCAGCUUUUUCGUCUGAUCUUUGGUGACACUCCAUUUGUCAAGACCACAUACCAUGAUAAUCACAAGGCAUGGCGCGAGACAGAACUGACUGUCCUCGAGACACACAAACUCACUGGAUGCACUGAAGAUGGCCUCUGGGCAAACUACCUUGCAGCACGGCGCGCUGCCUUGGGUCUGGGCAGCAAGAAACGUAGUGGGCAGAAGUAA